AUGGCAUCUGGAAUUUUUUCUGGUGAAGAACACCCUCAUCAGCAUUUCAACUGCUGUUGUAGUGGUGCUAGUGUAACUAUGAUUCGAUCUUCAUUUGAGAAAGUUAAUUCUUCAAUUACAGAGGUUCAAAAUAAACUGAAUCAAGUGCUGUCUCUAUUGCAAAAUUCUGCCCUGCCUCCAACUACACGCUCAUUCCCUGAUCACGGCGAAUCAUCUGCACCAGGAAGCUUUCGAUUGUCCUUUAAGGGCAAAAUACCUAAUGAAAUGUUAACCAAGAGCAAUAUAGAAAAUGAGGGUGCUUCACUUGAAGUAGAGUUGCUUGAUGAGUUUGGUAAAAGAGUAGAAGUUGGUGUUGAUUCUUGUGUGAAGAUUAAGAUUGACGUUCUUGAUGGUGAUUUUAAUGUCGAGGAGGAAAUAAAUUGGACAGAGGAGAAAUUCAAAGAGAAUAUUGCCCGCCCAAGGAAAGAUAAAGGGUCACUUUUGAAGGGCAACACCAAGUUUGCAUUGAAUGGAGGAGUUGCUAUUGUCUGUGGCUUUUCUUUCACGGAUAACUCGAAGUCAAUGAGAAAUGGAACAUUUAGGUUUGGGGCUCAAGUUAUAGGUGGUCUUCCUUCUGGAAGGGUUGUAAGAUCAGCAAGGCUAAUUAGCAUCUCAAUAUUUCAUUUUUUGUUUGGAUGUUCAUCUAGUGCUAAUUGUGGGCAUUUACCUAUUCAUUCAGGUGAUCGAAAGCAUUCAACUCCGUCUCCUGAAGAUGAGUUAUGGCGAUUGAAAAAUAUAAACAAAACUGGGCCAGUUUGUCAUAGGGCAACAGGAAACAAAAUUCACAGUGAAGGACUUCCUACAACUUUAUCACACUGA